AUCUGCUCGCUUCUCUCCUCUCUCUUCAGUCCUGCUUGCCUGUCAGAAAGGUGCUCCAGUAUCGGAGGCUAGGCUAUACCCUCCUCUCGGACCCCCCUUCCCCCGUACGAGAGCCAGCCGCCGUCGAAUAUUCCCCCCCUCCCCUCCUCUCUGCCCAGGGCUCGGGCUCCCCACCCCUCUUUCUCUCGGCUCCAGCCAUGGCGACCACCGCUACUUCCACCCGGUUCACCGACGAGUACCAGCUGUACGAGGAGCUCGGGAAGGGAGCUUUUUCAGUGGUGCGUAGGUGUGUAAAGAAGUCAUCGGGACAGGAGUAUGCUGCAAAAAUCAUCAACACUAAGAAGCUCUCUCCAAGAGGUACGGUAUCCCAAGACCACCAGAAGCUUGAGAGGGAGGCUCGUAUCUGCCGUCUCUUGAAACACCCCAACAUUGUGCGACUCCAUGACAGCAUUUCAGAGGAAGGCUUUCAUUACCUCGUCUUUGACCUUGUGACAGGAGGAGAGCUUUUUGAGGACAUUGUAGCCAGGGAGUACUACAGUGAGUCUGAUGCCAGUCACUGCAUUAGUCAGAUCUUGGAAAGUGUCAAUCAUAUCCACCAGCAUGAUAUUGUGCACAGAGACCUCAAGCCUGAGAACCUGUUGCUGGCCAGUAAGAUGAAGGGAGCCGCAGUGAAGCUGGCAGACUUUGGCCUCGCUAUCGAGGUGCAGGGAGACCAGCAGGCUUGGUUUGGAUUUGCUGGGACUCCAGGUUAUCUUUCCCCGGAGGUCUUGAGAAAGGAUCCCUACGGCAAACCUGUGGAUAUAUGGGCCUGCGGCGUUAUUCUCUAUAUCUUGUUAGUUGGAUAUCCUCCUUUCUGGGAUGAAGAUCAACACAAACUCUAUCAGCAGAUCAAGGCUGGGGCAUACGAUUUCCCGUCUCCAGAGUGGGACACGGUGACUCCAGAAGCGAAGAACCUGAUCAACCAGAUGUUGACCAUCAACCCAGCCAAGAGAAUCACUGCUGAACAAGCUCUGAAACACCCAUGGAUCUGCCACCGUUCUACAGUGGCGUCCAUGAUGCACAGACAGGAAACUGUUGAAUGUCUGCGUAAAUUUAACGCUCGCCGAAAACUCAAGGGAGCCAUUCUCACCACCAUGCUGGUGUCCAGAAACUUCUCAGUGGGCCGGCAGCAUACCAACUCUGCUGCUGCCGCCUCCUCCACGGCCUCACUGGCUCAGGAAGCAUGCAAAAGUUUACUCAACAAGAAGUCGGAUUCUGCCAAGCCUUCUACCAACAACAGUAAGAACAGUAUAGUGAGCGCCAUCAAUGCCCUGAAAGACACCAACAUGGCAGCCAACGCCCAGAUGGAAUCUCAGAGCACUGUGGUACACAACCCUCCCGACGGAGUCAAGUAUCGUUCCGUUCCUCUUCUGCCUCCCCAGGGAUCAACGGAGAGCAACGCCACAAACGAUGAGGAGGAAAUGAAAGGUAGGAAAGCGGACAGCUCAGCGCUGAGUCAGAGCAGCGCCGCUGAGGAGAUGCCCCCACUUCUGCCCUCACCUCAAAGCUCACCUGCCAUUCCACCGCAUGAUGUAAAGCGCAUGGCAUGGAACAGCACGGGCAACAGCUCCUGCCCCGACUCAGACCAAUCUCAGUCCUCCAUCCCCGCCGCUCCACUAGGGGGCAGCACUGUCACUGCUAAAAGCAACACUAAGCAGAGCCGUAAACAGGAGAUCAUCAAGAUAACCGAGCAGCUGAUUGAAGCGAUCAACAAUGGAGAUUUUGAAGCCUACACGAGGAUUUGCGAUCCUGGACUCACCUCUUUUGAACCCGAAGCGCUAGGAAACCUGGUGGAAGGCAUGGACUUCCACAAGUUCUACUUUGAAAACUUGCUGAGCAAGAACAACAAGCCCGUGCACACCACCCUGCUCAACCCCCACGUGCACCUCAUCGGUGAAGACGCCGCGUGCAUCGCCUACAUCCGGCUCACCCAGUUUGUGGACUCCACCGGGCGCCCUCGGUCCAGCCAAUCAGAGGAGACCAGGGUGUGGCACCGCCGCGAUGGAAAGUGGCUCAACGUUCACUUCCACUGCUCAGGAGCACCGGCUGCACCACUACAGUGAUCAGCGGUCCUGAGGCUCCAGUCCUCUGGAGCGCGUUCAUUGGGGGGCAGUUUUUUUCAGCGAGCGUGUUUUAAGAGGCGCGUCCUCUGCGUGGAUUGGAUAGUGCCAGGAAGCCCGGCCGGGCGAGAUUGCAUCCCUCUCCACGUUACCAACCAACCCCGUCCCUCCUUUGACCUGCUGGGGGCCGGCUGAACAUGAGAACCCCGCCCACCCAACCUUGACCCCUCCAUGAGAUGAUGAUGAUGAUGAUGAUGAUGAUGCAUGCAUCUGGCGCCUGACUGGAGGGCGCAUCUUUGCCCUCUUGUCCCUCCCCUGGCAGCCAUCUUUUUCCUGCCUGCGCGAGAUGACAUGUCCUGGGGGAGGAGAGGAUAUACAGUUGAACUUGUGACAGUUUAUGAGUAUGAGUUAUGAAUAUACUGUGUAAAUUAUGGCUAGAUGUACCAGAAACCACCAAAACCCAACCAAGCAUUUAUCUUUAUCUGGGGGGAGAAAAAAAAAAGGGAGGAGCGGAGGGGGAGUGCUUAGAUUUUGUACAGAUUUAGGGAUUACCAGGUUGGAAGUGUUGUCGUCGCUACCUGGAUGUUGACAUGAAGGGAAAUCUUUCCUCAACUGAAUAAAAGGGGGGAGGAAAGGUGAGAGAGAGAGGAGGAAAAAAAAAAAAAGAUUCACUCUGAGAACUUGAUGACGAGAGAAACUUGAUAUCAAAAACACGAAGCACCAAAGUGUAGAACUUUAGUGUAGGCUUUCUGCGUGUUUGUGUUUUUUCGUCCGUGUGCUUGUUUUCCGACGGAUCGGAAAUCGUUGUUGUCGUGGGAUCGGGGCGGCGGGAGGGGGACUGUUAGGGGCCGGGGGGGGUGGGGGGGUGUCUGAACUGAGGUCUACAUGUUUCGGUGUGUUUUUAGCGUCCCGAUCCAUUUUGUGUUCUUGUGAAUAACAGGAGCCGUUAUUUGUGUUUUCAUUUUUUUCUUCCAUUUUCUGUUUUUAUUUUUUCACUCUGACUGACUAUAGUCGAGGCUCCUUUUUUUUUUUUUUUUUUUUUUUUUAAAGCAGCUGAGAUUAUUUUACGUUAUGGCGCACAUUUAAAGCUAUUCGCGUUUUGUCGUGUUUAUAUGCAGUGUAGGGAGGAAGAGGAGGAGGAGGAGGAAGAGGCCCGUACCAUGAAAAGCCGCCUGCGUUUUUGCAUGUUUGCUCGCUGCCUCUCCCUCAUUAAUCCCGGCCUCUCUUUUAACCCCUCCUGAGUCCGUUACUGUGCAAGGGCCUGGUUUGUUUAUAUCACUGUGUAAAUACAGUGUAUGUAUAGAUAUAUGUAGAAAAGUGUAAUAUAUGUACAUGCAUCUAAGAGACACUCAUCCUGUGCAUUUUUGGGGAAUCGACCCCUCCACUCUCCCUGUAAUUCCCACUCUAGUUUAGAAGAAGCGUUUCCUCGACGUUUUCAAUCCUCCAAACCUGAAAUAUUUAAAGUAUUGGUUGCUUUAAAGAAAAAAGAAAAAAGACAAAAUCAGAGCUAACACACUCCUACAGGCACUCCCAUGGCCAUACGACUGUUUAUGAAGACUGAAUAAAACAAGAGAUGGACGUAGUUCAGCCCCCUCCCAACCCCCCAACAACACUCCCCAGAACUAUUUUUAAAGAUACUAGUGUCCUUAACUCCUGGUCCCACAAUGCUGUGAGCCGUCUUUUCAUAUCAUAUGCACCCAUGCACUCCCGGCGGUGUGUUUUUAGGCUUUGUAACAUAUCUGCACCGCUGCUGUGACCGGCGCCGCCCUCGUUGUGCUGCUUUAGGUGUCCUCCCUCCUGAUAUCUCCAUUUGACUGACCCCCCCCUCCCCCCAACCCCGCUCUUUAAAUGAUUAUUUGUUCCUUUCUCUGUUGUUCCCGUGUUACUGGUUUUAAGUUUUUAUUAUUAUUAUUAUUAUAUUAUUAUUAUUAUUAUUAAUGUUGCAUUUGUCGAUUGGUCGUUUUGCCAAUCUGCCAAGCUGGAGUUCUGCACUCUCCCUCACAAACAUGUAGAGAAAAAAAAAUAAAAAUAAAAAGGGAAGAGGAAGUGAAGACGACAAAAACUUAAGGGAUAUUGAUCAGGACUUAAUUAUUUAUCAGUGUAAUCUACCCUUGGUGGUUUUAUAUGGCACCUGCUGAGGGGUGAGGAACGGGGUGGAUGUGCAGGUUUGUGCCACCAGAGCGGGACGCCUAGUUAUUUGCAUGUUUCAGUUACACAUUUCUAUCACACAAUAUGGAUGGAGCUAGUGUUAAUAUAUAUUUGCAUCUUUUGAAAUUCCAUCCAUCCAGAAUGUUGAUUAAGUGAUAUGAAAAAUAUAAAAACAAAAUUUUAAAAAAAGAUGAAAAAAAAAUAAAUGAAUAAAAGAAGAAAAUAAUAAAAAAAAAAAAAAGAUUCAGGCGCCGUAGCUUGGUAUGAGGCCCUCGAUGUUUUCCCUGCGUUGUAAUGAUAUAUUAUCGGGCUGCGCUUUCCCUCUACCCCAACCCAGCCUUCACACGAAUGCUGGAUUUAUAUUUUUUCUUGCUUUUGUUUUUAUUUUGCAUGAUCACGAUGUACAAUGAAAUACAACCAUGAAUUGCCGACUAUCAAAGUGUUUGUCUGAGUGUUAGUUGGUCUUCAUCAUAGCUUUGUUAUUCUUCAAACUUGGAUCUUGAAAGUAUUUAAUAAAAAUACUAUUUCAGCACUG